AUGAUUGAAUCAGAAACACAGCAAUCCACAACAGAGUCGUCAUCAUCAUUAUCUUUAAAUAAUGACGGCAGACUCACCAGACCAAAUGGUCUUCCAUUCAGAGUUGGUUUCUCCAAAGAGCAUCCUUCCGAACAAAAAGCAUUUACAGGACUUGAAGAUGAUUUACUCAUUCCUUUUUGUAAAUCACUUUCUUGUGUUUGUUAUCAUGAUCUAUUUGUUGCCGCUAGAGAUCAUGGAAUUGUAAUUCCCUGUCCCAAUGCUCCUCGUUUUGAAAAUUGUAAUGUUUUAUUUGAUGCCAUGCAUGACUUUUCACAUGUGAAUAAUGGACUCUAUAGAAAGUUUGUUUCCUGGUGGACAGAUGCAAUUGCUAGAUCAAUACUGACAGCAGCUGUGGAGGAUGGUAUUCAUUUCAACUUGGCAGGCUAUACUAAGGAAAGAAUUAAAGUAGUUACUGAGAGAUAUAAUAGAAUGAUGAAGGUGGAUGAUUGUGUGGAAUAUUUGAAUUAUGAUUUUAUCAAGAUUUUGAAUGGAAAUGAUGAUGAAAAACAAUACAGACACGUACCACAUUUGAUAUUUAAUAGCAAAUGGAGCGAGGAAGAAAAGAAAUUGAUGGAAAAUUGUACUGGACUGGCUGACAUAUAUCCAGGCUUUACUGAUUGGGAUUUGGGAUUUAUUUUAAGAGAUGAGAGAUUGUUGGGAAAGUGCAUAUUUUACUGUGUGAAUACCGUGGAGGAAUUGAAAAAUCUUAAACCAAUGACUAGUGAUGAAUUGAAGGAUAAGUUUGGAAUUGUUAAAAGUAAAUAA